UAUAUAUUUAUAAUCAUCCACAUGUAGGCCUAUCGAUCUCAGACAUCAGUCGGGGAGGCUUCGAUGUGCAUGUAAACUCAUGAGAUCUACUUUGAGAAUAUCACUACUGGUCUUUGACUGUGCUCUUACUCCUGACAGAUACGAGUAAUAUUUUGAGGUAUUUACGUUUACUCACGUUUUCAUGUGACAGACUCGCAUGUUUUGGAGUCGUCGAUGCCUCCAAUGACGGAGCAGUGACGAAUGGCAGGCUCCGAGUGUAUUCGCCUCUCACGUGAAAGCACAACGGAAGACCACAUUCAGCCACAGUUGGCCUUCUGCAGGGUGAAGGUGACUCGUCUAGCCGCUGAGGGGAGAGCUGCAGAGAGGAAGCUGCGAGAAGCCGUCCGCUACUCGCACUCAUCCUGCAAGCUGAACAUUUUAGACCCUGUAGGAACAUCGACAAGAGCCUCCACCUCGGCUGCGAGAUAUUAUAGAUAGGCUGUCCGCUGGGUUUUAUCAGUGGCUGUGUAUGCAUGUGUUCUGCUCCGAACGGGCGCAAGAACCGCCCCAGAUCCGCAGCGAACAUUUUUCAGCUCAGCAAACCACUGCAGAGGGACCCCGAACGCCGGGAGAGCACCGAGAGCACGCGGAAAGCCCAGCGGGCCGUAGGCGAAUGUAGGAUGACAGUCCAAGAUUUCAACACUCUCGUGGCGCUGUACCGAGAACAGGUCAUCACUAUUGGGGAGAUUUCGGCCGAUUGUCCCUCUUUACGCGAGGCGCUGCACCGCACCAGGACCAAAGGAUGUACCAUGGCCCGAGCUGCCCAUCAGAACCUCACCGUGAUAUCUGGAUCUGGGCCAGAGGAUGGGGAGAUCCACCCAGAGAUCUGCCGGCUCUUCAUUCAGCUGCAGUGCUGCCUGGAGAUGUUCAUCACGGAGAUGCUCAAGUCCAUGUGUCUACUGGGAGUGCUGCAGCUCCACAGGAAAGGAAAAGAUUCAUACCCAGAGCCCAGGUUGGACUUCAAGAUGGAUGAGAGCUCUGAUGUGCCCAUUCUGGAGGAGCACUCCUCCUCACCUGUAGACUACCAACAUGAGUCCUGGCUGGUGUGCACCGAUAUUGAAAACAUAGAGAGGGACAUGCGAGAGAUGAGAAACCUGCUAAGCAAACUCAGGGAGACCAUGCCUUUACCACUGAAAACCCAAGAUGACAGCAGUCUGCUGAAUCUCACUCCAUAUCCGCUGGUCAGGCAGAGGAAGAGGCGCUUCUCUGGGUUCUGCUGCCUGGUGUCCAGCUGAGUGCCUGAUAGGUCCUGCAGGCAACAGCAAGGGGAACACACCAACCCUACCCAACAUCUUACAUGUUUUCCAACUUAUUACUGCCAUUUAGGAAAUUAUCUUUUUUAAAAAAAUCUUAUGCUGAUCAGUCACUUUACUUUUGAAUAGGAUUCGCUGUAGAAAAAGCUAUUCAAAGGAUAAUAAUGUUAUGCAUAUUUUGCUAUUAUGUUAUUCAAGCCAUCUCCCUUUGUAGAAAAGGAGAACCUUUACAGGUCUAUAGGCAAGCCCAAACAGAUGUGCCAAGCUGAUGAUGACAUAAGAGAUUCAGUAUGUUGGUAGACGGCUUCGCCUAAACUCUGCCUUCAGACCUCUUCCUCAGAAUGUCAUUAUAUUUAUUUCACUGUGCAAUGCUUCUUUUGCAGUCUUCAAUGAAAAGGAAAUCGGUCUCCAACGUACAUUUUCCAUCAGAAGGGCUUUGCAAUGUUACUCCUAAAAGCCAUUUGUCAAUGAAUGUAAUUCAAAUAUAUAAACAUUGGUCAAAA